GGCGACUUCAUUACAACACCACACCAGACAACACUCAUCCAAAACCCGUUCUUCCCAACCUCCUCCCACCCUCUCCUCUCCCAGCACGAUGGAAUGAGCCUCACAAACCCUCUCCACCUAUACCGGCAUCUCCUCCGGGAAGCCACAUACCUCCCACUGCCCAAUGUCAGAGACUACAUCGCCGAACAUAUUCGACAGAGUUUUCGACGAUAUCACAAACGACAAGUGGUCUUGAGCACGAUCACCAACACUCAAGAUGACACCCUCCCUUCGAAUCCCUCUUCAUCCUCCUUAUCACAUCCUGCACCAUUCCCAUCCCGCACCCAAGUACCGGGGAAUACCUUGACACUCCAACGACAAACGACCCUCCUCCACAACGGACGGAAAUUCCAUUCCACUCUCCAACGGGCCAAUGCGGGCUAUCCACGUGCCAUGGGCAAGAUACUACGCAUGAGCUACGGACGGACAGGACGACGACGACACGAACUAUUAGACUCGUAUGUCGCGCAAACCACUAGAAAGACAUCCACACCUUUAUCCCCAGGACCCGCCAAAGAUAAGGCAUCACCAGACUGGAAAAUACCAGCUGCAAUGGACGCAUUAAUGCAAAGUCAGAUGAUGCAUCAACACCAAUUCAUUCGUUGGGGCACCAAUUCCCGUGUGCGCAUGCCUAUGAAGAUAUCACCCGAACGCAACAUUCGCGGUGACCCUAUCUGCAAGUCACGCCGAAAAAAUAUGCUGCAUGCCUGGUAUUUGUCCAACGUCCGUGCCGUGAUGGCUCCUCUCCCCGAACGAGAAUAUAGCGCUUUGCAUCGUCUUGUCAGUGGCGAAGAUCCUAUGCCUAAACCACCCACACGCAGGCCAAGGGCGAGAGUACCUGUUCUUGUGGUGAGUGUGGAUGAGCAUUCGUCAGUAUAUACCGACGACAAGGACAAGGAUAUCGAGGAAUGGUUAAGGGAAGAAGACGAAGAUGUUGCAAACAUCAAGACAUUUGCCGCGACGCAGUCACUGGCACAAUCAAACCCACAAACGCCUGCGAGUCUUAUCGUCAACGGCCCAGUAUCCCCACCCCGACACCAGGACCGGCCGCGACAGUGGGACACGCGAAAUCUACGCCGUUUGUUACAACGCGCUGUCUUGACGCAGACGCCGGUGGUGAAAAGGACUCCGUCAUUUCCUGCAGAUCUUCUUCCCGCUGCCGGCGAAGUGAAAUCCGAACACGAACUCGAACACGAACUCGAACUCGACCAGAGUGACGGUGCAGAUCCCAACCAGGACAGCUUGCAGACCAUAUCCCCCAAACCUCGAAAACCUCUUGCUGUUGUCUGGGAUGAUGGAUAUUCCCGGAAAGGCCUUCUCUUAGCCAGCAUCAAGUCGGUGGCCAAUCGAACUCAAGGCCAGUUGCUUUUUGGAUGA